CAAUUCUGUCUAUAUAAUUUCUAAUCUCGAACACACAAAAGAUGAAACAUCCAUAGUUUCUGAAAUAAUAAUAAUGGAGACCAAGUCAUCAACGUACCUUUCUCAGUUUCCACUUGGGCUCCUAUGCUUCAUCAUCAUAACCAUGGUCUCAUCAUCAUCUUCAUCAAUAUGGUAUGAUGAACAUAUUUCAUUGAAAGCGAUUAACGCAGAAGAAAAUUUCGUGUUCCCAAAAAACUUCCUCUUUGGCACUGCUUCUUCUGCUUACCAGUAUGAAGGAGCUUACUUGACCGACGGCAAAAACCUAAGCAAUUGGGACGUUUUUACAAGCAUCCCUGGAAAAAUCGCGGAUGGAAGCCAGGGGAAAGUCGCUGUUGACCAUUAUCACCGAUACCCGGAAGAUUUGGAUCUGAUGGAAGAUCUUGGAGUUAAUAGCUAUCGACUAUCUUUAUCAUGGGCUCGGAUUCUUCCAAAGGGAAGAUUUGGAGAUGUGAACAUGGGUGGUAUUGAUCAUUACAACAGAAUGAUCAAUGCUAUUCUUAAAAGAGGGAUGGAUCCAUUUGUCACGUUAACACAUUACGACAUUCCUCAAGAACUCGUAGUUAGAUACGGAAGUUGGCUAGAUCCCCAAAUCCGGGAAGAUUUCGAACAUUACGCAGAGAUUUGCUUCCGACACUUCGGGGAUAGAGUUAAAUUUUGGACUACGUUCAACGAACCAAACGUUCAAGUUAUUUUGGGUUACCGGACAGGAACUUACCCGCCUUCACGUUGUUCCAAGACUUUUGGAAAUUGCACACAUGGCGACUCUGACAUAGAGCCAGUUGUAGCAGCUCACAACAUUAUCCGUUCACAUCUAGCCGCCGUCAGCUUAUACCGGACGAAAUUUCAGGAACGACAAAGAGGAAAGAUCGGUAUUGUUAUGAAUACGAUCUGGUUUGAACCGGUUAGUGAUUCUUUAGCAGAUAGAUUAGCUACUGAGAGAGCUCAGGCUUUCUUCAUGACUUGGUUCUUGGAUCCGGUUGUAUUUGGAAGAUAUCCAAGAGAAAUGCAAGAAAUACUCGGCGAAGAUCUUCCUGAAUUCACAAAGGAUGAUCUUAAAAGCUUUAGUAAUAAAUUAGACUUCAUUGGGAUUAAUCAGUAUACAAGCAGAUAUGCAAAAGAUUGUCUGCAUUCCGCAUGUGAACCAGGCAAAGGAGGUUCGAGGGCUGAAGGUUACGUUAAUGCAAACGCCCUUAAAGACGGUUUACGUCUAGGAGAACCGACUGGAGUAAAUUGGUUUUCUACUUAUCCUCAAGGAAUGGAGGAGAUGUUGAUGUAUGCAACAGAGCGGUACAAAGACAUUCCAUUGUAUGUAACAGAAAACGGUUUUGGUGAGAACAAUACCGGAGUAUUGUUAAACGAUUACCGGAGAGUGAAGUUCAUGAGUAACUACUUAGAUGCAGUCAAAAGAGCUAUGAGGAAAGGAGCAGAUGUAAGAGGAUACUUCGCCUGGUCUUUACUUGACAACUUCGAGUGGAUAUCUGGUUACACCAUACGGUUCGGUAUGUACCACGUCGACUUCAAAACUCAAGAGAGAACCCCGAGACUAUCAGUUUUUUGGUACAAGAACUUCAUUUUCCAUCACAGAGCUCAGUCCAAAUGUGAUUGAUGCCUGAAACAAAAGGAAGACGCAAAUUUAUCUCUCUUAUUUGAUUCUUCAGUAAAGUAGGAGUGCAUUGUAAAAGUAAGUUGUCUUAUAAAAAAACCAGUUUCAAUAAACAAGCGUACCUUCACCUCU